AUGCAGCGAAGCCUUACCUUGGUCUUUGUCAGUUUUUGUGUUGGGUUUUGCUCUGGUUCAAGUUUCCCAAGUAAUAUCAAUAUAGGUGAGUGUUAUCAGCACGGAAUGCUUCUUAUAUCAACACGGAAUGCUUAUUAUAUCACUACUACAUCUUGUCAGUUUGACAUCUAAACUGCUGCGAAAUUUCCAAAGUUGCAUGACAGUCUCCAUACGUCUAAUUUAGUAAUACAUUCAAAUAUUCGUUGUAUGAUGACAGUUAAUGUGAACCUACUUUCAACCUUGUCUUCAAUGAUUGUCUUUGUCUUGCUAACAGGGGGAUUGUUCCCAACGGGCUCCCAUGAAUAUGAGGUUUUUCGGUUUGCGCUAUCUCAUCACCAGGAUAUCCCCAAACUGGUACCACAAGUGGACAUGGUCGACACCGCAAGCAGCUUUGCUAUGACAUAUGCA